AUGUGCCCUGAGAGAAGUAAGCUGGUCGUGGUGGCUGCGGAUGACGAGUCAGGUUGCUCAGGUGCGUCUCCAGCUCACCUCACACUUGGGCUUCUCAGGGAGGAGGGGUGGGAGCCCUGGCCCACCGUUAGCACGAUGAUCCUCAGGCUGCUCCUGGCUCUCAACUUCUUCCCCUCAAUUCAAGUAGCAGAAAACAAGAUUUUGGUGAAUCAGUCGCCCAUGCUUGUGGUAAACAACAAUGAGGUCAACCUCAGCUGCAAGUAUACCUACAACCUCUUCUCAAAGGAGUUCCGGGCAUCCCUUUAUAAGGGAGUAGAUAGCGCUGUGGAGGUCUGUGCUGUGAAUGGAAAUCACUCCAAGUCACUUCAGUCUACAAAUAAGGAAUUCAACUGCACUGUGAACUUGGGCAACGAAACAGUGACAUUCUACCUCCAGGAUUUGUACGUUAACCAAACGGAUAUUUAUUUCUGCAAAAUCGAGGUCCUGUAUCCUCCUCCUUACAUAGACAAUGAGAAGAGUAAUGGGACCAUUAUCCAUGUGAAAGAGAAACAUCUUUGUCCAGCUCCCCGGUCUCCUGAGUCCUCUAAGCCAUUUUGGGCACUUGUGGUGGUAAACGGAGUCCUAACUUUCUAUAGCUUGCUAGCAACAGUGGCUCUUUCUAACUGCUGGAUGAAGAGUAAGAGAAACAGGAGGCUUCAGAGCGACUACAUGAACAUGACACCUCGCAGGCCAGGGCCCACCCGAAAGCACUAUCAGCCCUACGCGCCAGCACGGGACUUUGCAGCCUACCGUUCCUGACACGGACGCCUAUCCAGAUGCAAGCCGGCUGGCCCCUCUUCACCUGCUCACCACCAUUGCUCUGGAUAGGAAAGGACUGCCUCGUCUUCAGCCAGCCACCUUGGCCUCCUGUUAGGCCACCAAUGCCAAUUUUUCUUGAACAACUAGACCGAAUAACAUCAUUUUGAGACUCUGAAAUGAAGUUAAAGAAUAUUACUGUGGCAGACUCUUGUAGUGUCAUGGCCCAAAU